AUGGCCAACCUUCCCCCCGUCUACAUCGUCUCUGCUGCCAGAACCCCCGUUGGUUCUUUCUUGGGUUCUUUGUCUAGCCUGAGCGCCACGCAGCUGGGUGCUCACGCCAUUAAGGCUGCUGUCGAGCGAGUCCCCCAGAUCAAGCCCGAGGAUGUCGAGGAAGUCUACUACGGCAACGUCCUGUCCGCCAACCUCGGCCAGGCCCCCGCCCGCCAAUGCGCUCUCGGAGCUGGCCUCUCGCAGGGCGUCGCCGCCACGACCGUCAACAAGGUGUGCGCCUCGGGAAUGAAGGCCAUCAUCCUCGGUGCCCAGACUAUCCUCACUGGCAGCGCCGACAUCGUUGUCGCCGGUGGCACCGAGUCCAUGUCCAACACUCCUCACUACCUCCCCGUCCUCCGCAACGGCGCCAAGUAUGGCGACCAGACCCUCGUUGACGGUGUCCUCAAAGACGGUCUUACCGACGCCUACGGCAAGAAGGAGCACAUGGGCAUGUCCGCCGAGCUCUGCGCCAAGGAGCACGAGUUCACCCGUGAGCAGCAAGACGAGUACGCCAUCAAGACCUACCAGAAGGCUCAGGCUGCCACCGAGGCCGGUGUCUUCUCCAAGGAGAUUGCCCCUGUCGAGGUCUCCGGCGGCCGUGGCAAGCCCGCUAUCAAGGUUGACCGCGACGACGAGGUCAAGAACCUCAACAUUGACAAGCUCAAGGCCAUGCGCCCGGCUUUCAUUCCCAACGGCGGCACAGUCACCGCCCCUAAUGCCGCUCCCCUCAACGACGGCGCUGCCGCUGUUGUCCUCAUGUCCGAGGCCAAGGUGAAGGAGCUCGGCGUCACCCCUAUCGCAAAGAUCCGCGGCUGGGCCGAUGCCGCCCGCGAGCCCGAGCGCUUCACCAUUGCCCCCGCGCUGGCCAUCCCCAAGGCCAUCAAGCACGCCGGCCUUACUGAGAAGGACGUCGACUUCUACGAGAUCAACGAGGCGUUCUCCGUCGUUGCCCUCGCCAACAUUAAGCUCCUGAACCUCGACCCCGAGACCGUCAACGUCUUUGGUGGCUCCGUCGCCAUCGGACACCCCCUCGGCUGCUCCGGCGCUCGCAUCGUCACCACCCUUUCGACCGUCCUUCGCGAGAAGAAGGCCAAGAUUGGUGUUGCCGGUAUCUGCAACGGUGGCGGUGGUGCCUCCGCCAUUGUCAUUGAGAGCCUACAAUAG